UCCCUCCGCAGUCGGCGCAGCGGCCAGUGGAUUGAGUGGAUUGUCGGCUCGCAGCUUUGGGAAGCGCCGCUCCCCUUCGUGACAGUCAGAGCGGUCGUUCGCCCCAAACUUCCCCACAGACUCCCGGUCGUCUCGGAGGGACAAAAGAGGGCGCCGGUUCCGUGUGGUCCAUGCCUUGGAGAGGCGAAGGGAGACGACAGCGCUGGUGCCCCUGACUGGCCCUCAGGAUGAGCGAGGCAGAUAGUCAAUUCUACAGUGUUCAGGUGGGGGACUCCACCUUCACUGUGCUCACCCGCUACCAGCAGCUCCGCGCCAUCGGUUCCGGUGCCCAGGGCAUCGUUUGCUCUGCCCUCGAUACAGUCCUCGGCAUCCCGGUGGCGGUGAAAAAGCUGUGUCGGCCCUUCCAGAACCAGACACACGCUAAACGUGCAUACAGGGAGCUUGUGCUGCUAAAAUGUGUCAACCACAAAAAUAUCAUUCGUCUGAUCAAUGUGUUCACGCCUCAGAAGUCACUGGAGGAAUUUCAGGAUCUAUAUCUGGUGAUGGAGCUGAUGGAUGCCAGCCUUUGCCAGGUAAUCCACAUGGAUUUGGACCAUGAGAGAAUGUCUUACCUGCUCUACCAGAUCCUCUGUGGCAUCAGACACCUGCACUCUGCCGGCAUCAUCCACAGGGACUUAAAACCCAGCAACAUUGUGGUGAAGUCAGAUUGCACCCUGAAGAUAUUGGACUUUGGCCUGGCUAGGACAGCAUGCACCAACUUUAUGAUGACCCCAUAUGUGGUAACCAGAUACUACCGAGCACCCGAGGUCAUUCUGGGGAUGAAGUAUAAGGAGAAUGUGGACAUCUGGUCCGUAGGGUGCAUCAUGGGAGAGAUGGUGAAAGGUGGCGUCAUCUUCCAAGGAACUGACCACAUCGACCAGUGGAACAAAGUCAUUGAGGUUCUGGGCACGCCCAGUCUGGAGUUUAUGAACCGUCUGAUGGAGACUGUGAGGAACUACGUGAUGAACAAGCCACAAUAUCCAGGUGUCAGCUUUGCGGAGCUUUUCCCCGACUGGGCCUUCCCCUCGGAUUCAGAACACGACAAGCUCAAGACGGGUCAAGCCCGGGACUUGCUGUCCAAAAUGCUGGUCAUCGACCCCGAGAGCCGCAUUUCCGUGGAGGAAGCCCUCAAUCAUCCCUACAUUCAUGUUUGGUAUGACCCCACCGAGGCCGAUGCGCCUCCCCCCCAGAUAUCUGAUAAGCAGCUAGAAGAGAGAGAGCACACCAUUGAGCAGUGGAAAGAGCUCAUUUAUGAAGAGGUGAUAGACUGGGAAGAAAGGAACAAGAAUGGCGUGAUGAAAGAGGACUGCUCUGAUGCGGCGUCCAUCUCGGCCUCGCAGUCGUCCUCUGCCAACGACAUCUCGUCAAUGUCCACAGAGCACACGGUGGCGUCCGACACGGACAGCAGCAGCAUCGACACCAUCACGGGGCCGCUGGACGAGAUGGAUCUUCUCGAUCCCCUUCACCCCCAAAGCCAGUUUUGGACCGCUGCUUAGAGAUCAAAGGUCGUGCUACCUUUCCAACAUGGUGGAUGACGCAUGCAUUGAUUGACAAGGAGCACGUGUGUGUGUGUGUGUGUGUGUGUGUGUGUGUGUGUGUGUAUGUGUGGUUUGUUUUAUAUAGUUGUAUUUUUUAAUAGUUUUAUUUUUGUAGCAGAUAUUCAGUUGAAUUGCGGGGUUUGCUCACCAAUGAAAGACCACAGCUGCUCGUUGCAUGUCACAAAAGCUUAAUGUCAAUGUUUAUAUGGUAAUCAACUCAUGGAGUUCGAUCACUCGAUUUUCUCGCUGGCUUGCAAUAUCCUGCUGGUGUGAUCCGCACAACGCUUUUGUCUUCAUUUGGCCUGAGUGGUGUAGGAUAUUUCCACCUGGCAGCAUGGCAAAGCUGUGAUUGCAGUGUUUUACGCCGCCAUGUGAUGACACGUACUGUACGUAAGGAUGAUCUCACACGCAUCGUGCUCGUAGUCAUCGCAAAUCGUGUGUGUUUGUCAAAAAAAAAACUCAACGUGCCUGUGGAAAUGUAUAUUAUUGCAAUCACCCGACAUUUGACAUAAGGUACUGUGCUAGUUAACAUCAGUGUAUACGUCAAACAAAAUAUCCUGUAAAUUUGAGGGGGGUGCAAAGAGAUACAUGCUUGUUGUUUCUGUUCUUGCGUAAUGUUGCACAUACUGAGGCCCGUCUGAUCAUUCAGCCUCUUGUCAAUCAUCGAAAUUUCAUCAAGCACUUCACACCAUAACAAAAGCAUUCCGUAGCAUCAGCCAAUUGUCACGUAGAACACAAUUCUCACUAAUGUUGCAUGCAAAAUGCAGUUGCAAUGUAGAUGGUGUUACAAAGGAACCUUGAUGUUUUAGACCAGUGGUUCUUAACCUGGGUUCGAUCAAACCCUGGGGGUUCAGCAGAGGUCAAGACACACCCGACUCAUCGUGUAAAUAAAAACUUCUCCCUAUCGGCGUAUUACGGAUACGACAACAGCAGAAGUCAGACUGAUUUGCAGGUGUGUCAUUUGUUGUGAGUUUAUGCACUGUGUUGCUUUUGUUCUUUGAACAAGGUGAUGUUCAUGCACGCUUCAUUUUGUGCACCAGUAAUAAAACAUGGUAACACUUUAGUAUGGGGAACAUAUUCACCAUUAAUUAGUUGCUUAUUAACAUGCAAAUUAGUAACAUAUUGGCUCUUAACUAGUCAUUAUUAAGUACUUAUUAAUGCCUUAUUUGGCAUGGCCUUAUUAUAACCCUAACCCUCUAACCCGGACUCUAACCCUAACCCUAACCAAAUAACUCUAAAUUAAGUCUUUAUUACUUAGAAUGUUCCCCUAGUGUCCAAAUAACUUAAUGUAGUCUUUGUUACUUAGAAUAUGUUCCCCUAGUGUCCAAAUAACUUAAUGUAGUCUUUGUUACUUAGAAUAUGUUCCCCUAGUGUCCAAAAAACUCUAAAUUAAGUCUUUAUUACUUAGAAUGUUCCCCUAGUGUCCAAAUAACUCUAAAUUCAGUCUUUGUUACUUAGAAUAUGUUCCCUUAGUGUCCAAAUAACUCUAAAUUAAGUUUUUGUUACUUAGAAUAAGUUCCCCUAGUGUCCAAAUAACUCUAAAUUCAGUAUUUGUUACUUAGAAUAUGUUCCCCUAGUUUCCAAAUAACUCUAAAUUCAGUAUUUGUUACUUAGAAUAUGUUCCCCUAGUGUCCAAAUAACUCUAAAUUAAGUCUUUGUUACUUUCAAUAUGUUCCCCUAGUGUCCAAAUAACUCUAAAUUCAGUCUUUGUUACUUAGAAUAUGUUCCCUUAGUGUCCAAAUAACUCUAAAUUAAGUAUUUGUUACUUAGAAUAAGUUCCCCUAGUGUCCAAAUAACUCUAAAUUAAGUCUUUGUUACUUAGAAUAAGUUCCCCUAGUGU